AACGAUUAAGAGCACUGAUGUGCAUAUUCAAGAAUAUUUAACAAAUAACCGCCGACAUUUUAAGAUGGAGUUUCUAGAGUGGUAGUAAUAUUCGUCGUCUAGUGGUAGAUAAGAAUCGGACUGAAAUAAGCUGAAACAAGUUUGUUGAUGCUCUCGGUAAUCGCCUAAAGGAUGACCCUGAGCACUGAGGAAGAAAAUACGGUGCACUUACUGAAGGAAGAGGCAGAUGCUGCUGGUCAAUAUCAUUUGUUUGAAUUUUGGGAUAAACUUGAUUUCGAAGAAAAGAAUAAACUAAUACAAUCCAUUUCCAAGUACAGACUUUUAGAAAUUAAGGAGAAAUUUAAUAAUGCUCUGCAAAAAAUGGAUAAUAAUAAAAUUCCUUACAAAUUGGAACCCGUACCCAGUUUGAAUACUCAAGUUGUUAAGAACACCUCAAAGGAAAAGCUACAAGAAUGGAGAGAGCGUGGUUUAAGGGCCAUCACUGAAAGUAAGCUUGCGGUUGUUCUUUUAGCUGGAGGCCAAGGAACAAGGUUGGGAUCUGAUCUUCCUAAAGGUAUGUUUGAUAUAGGACUUCCCAGUAAAAAGACUUUAUUUCAGAUUCAAGCAGAGAGAAUUAAAAGAGUGCAAUUUUUAAGCGGCGGCUUUCUUAUCCCAUUUUAUAUUAUGACUUCCCCCAAAACUCACGAGGAAACUAAAAAAUAUUUUGAAAAAAAUAACUUUUUUGACUUAAAUCCCUCAAAUGUCUACUUUUUCAGUCAACAUACACUGCCUUGCUUUAGUUUUGAGGGAAAAAUCUUAUUGGAAAGUCGAACGAGCAUAGCCGAGGCUCCUGACGGAAACGGCGGCCUUUUUAAAGCUCUUGAAACUUCCGGAGCGUUGGACGAUAUGAAAAAAAGAGGCAUUUGUUAUCUUCACGUUUAUUGCGUAGAUAACGUGUUGGUGCGUGUAGCUGAUCCGUGCUUUUUAGGCUACUCCAUAUCCUCUCGCGUCAGUUGCGCGGUUAAAGUUGUCACAAAAUCUUCUCCUCUGGAAAAAAUUGGUGUAAUUUGCAAAAUAAACGGAAAAUUUGGUGCCGUGGAGUACAGUGAGAUUCAAGAAGGAGACGCUUACGCUCGCGACCCUGAGGGAGAACUGUUGUACAAUGCAGGCAACAUCUGCAACCACUAUUUUACGUUGCAGUUUGUGGAACGGAUGGUGCGGGAGUGCGAGCUUCCUCUACACGUAGCAAGAAAGUCCAUUCCUCACGUUGAUAGUCACGGCGAUGUUCUUCUCCCUAAAGAACCCAACGGCCUCAAACUAGAGAUGUUCAUAUUUGAUGCUUUGGAAUUUUCAGACGACCUGGCAGUUUAUUUAGUUGAGAGGUCAGAGGAGUUUUCACCGUUAAAAAAUGCAAGCGGUAGUGCGGAGUCGACUCCGGAACACUGCAGGAAAGAUUACUUGUCUCUAUGCGAAAGAUAUCUUACUCGAGCGGGUGCUAAAGUAGACAAGGCCCAGAGUGACGAGUGCGAGGUGUCCCCCCUGACUUCCUACGCUGGCGAAAAUCUGGAAGGCUACAAUAAUAAGAGUUUUAACUGCUGGGCUACAACGGCAGCUCUUGAUCUCGGUUUGAAGGUUUACGUAUUUAAUCCUUAUCUGGUUAAGUCAGGCGCUUUUUCAACUUUAAAAGAACGGCUUCCAUCGCCUUCUGCUGAAGGUGUGGUCCGCCCUGAAGCCUCUAUAAGUGUCCUUGCCAAAAAACUGAAACUAAUAGGGGGUGUGAACCUCGACGACUACUCUUUGUGGUACGAUUAA